AUGCCGCAACAUACACUCAUGGAUAUCCUUCAGCGGGCAGCUCAAUCUUCCCCCGAGAAGGAGCUGGUUUUCCAUGGUGAGGACGAUGUUCGACACUUGAACUAUUCGCAAUUGUAUAAAACCGUUAUCACAGAAAAGGAGCACUUGGAGGCUUGUUUCAAAAACUCCGAUCACCGAAUUGUGCUUCUUCAUCUAGACUCACAUUAUCUCAAUGUACUAGACUUCUGGAAAGUGAUUGCCGCUGGGGGCAUACCUGUUGUGUCAACCCCCUUUUCCGCGGAUCCUGUUGCCAGAGGCCGGCACUUGCAUCACCUGUUUGAAGUUCUUGGGGACCCCAUUGUUAUCACAACACCAGAAUAUCGAGAAGACUUUGACACUCAAAAGUCUGAGUGCACCAAGAUGUGUUCAGAUGACACAGACCUUCUCCUUUACCCUGCAUCUUCGUCAAACAGUGCGCGAAGGUCUGGCGCAAGGGUGACCAGCGCUGAGGUGUUCGAUCCCGACAAUGUGGCCUUCAUGAUGUUGACAUCUGGCUCCACAGGGGGCGCAAAGGCGGUUGAAAUCACCCACGGCCAGGUUUUGGCUUCUAUGCAAGGGAAGUCACAGAUGCUUGGCACUUCGAAAGACGAUUCUUUCCUGAACUGGGUCGGUUUCGACCACGUUGCUUGUUUGACCGAAAUCCAUCUACAUGCCAUGUAUGUAGGAGCAUCACAAGUCCAUAUUGCGCCCCGCAUCGCAAUGAAAGAUUCGACGUGGCUUUGCUGUCUCAGCAAUUAUUCCAUCAGCAUAGCCUUUGCACCAAAUUUCUUCCUUGCUUCCAUAGUCGAAAGACUCCAGAAGCGCAAGCCUAUCUCGGGCAUCAACCUGGCUCAUCUCCGUUUCGUAGUCUCCGGCGGUGAAGCCAACACGAUCUCGACAGCCAUUGCAUUCAAUGAUGCAAUGAAAGAACUGGGCGCCAUGAGUAAUGUUGUAUGUCCUGCAUUCGGCAUGACUGAAACAUGCGCAGGCUCUUUGUACAACACCGAAUUUCCGAAGCCCGAGAUUCACAAUGAGCUGGAAUUCUGCUCAGUAGGCAAAAGUAUUGCCUCUAUGGAGUGGCGAGUCAGGACAAACGAAGAUGGUGAUUGCGGUAUUUCUGAGCUAGGCAAUCUUCAGCUGAGAGGCCCUGUUGUAGUCAAGAGAUACCACAACGACCCAGAAAACACGAAGGCACUCAUCAACAGUAAUGGUUGGUUUGACACUGGAGACAUUGGUUAUAGAGACUCCGAAUCCAACUUGGUUCUUGUUGGACGAAGCAAGGAUACUAUCAUCAUCAAUGGCGUCAAGUACUUCUCACAUGAGGUCGAGGCUAUGGUAGAAGAGGCCGUGUCCGGCAUCAUCAAGCCUUAUUAUACUGCUGCAUUCCCUGUUUGGUCCAGCGAGUCGAGUACGGAAGAAAUGGUAAUAACUUUCGUGGAGCAAAAAGAGCUGACAAAUGAGGAGCUUCUCACCACUAUCAUCAGUAUUGAAAAGGCCAUCUUCUUGUACUGCGCCAGGAAACCUCGGGCUAUCAUUCCUCUCCCAGCUUCCUUCGUUCAAAAGUCCUCUCUAGGGAAGUUCUCACGCUCAGCUAUGAAGAAAGCGUAUGAAUUGGGAACAUUCAAUGAGCAGUACGAAUUAACCAGCCAACGUACCUCGAUGGUGCGGGUGAUGCACCGGAUCGAUCCCAAGACCGAUUUUGAGAAAAAGCUGAUUGACAUCUUUGCGGACGAACUCGACCUAUGUACCUCUGAGGUCAGAUUCAGCGAUAGUAUCAUGGACAUGGGUUUUGACAGCAUUCGUUUACUUGGCUUCAAAGCCCGUCUUCAAGAACGUCUUGGUCUAGAGCAGCAGAUACCCAUUGGCACUCUCCUUACCAGUCCAACUAUUAAAGCACUCGCGCAAGCACUUUCAGUCGAUAGCACGAAAGCUGUUGUUCCUACUUCAUACGACCCCACAAUCAAGUUGCAGACUGGAAAGUCACCGUCCACACCGAUCUGGUUCGUUCAUCCCGGUCUGGGCGAAAUUCUCGUGUUCCUAAACAUCAGCCGAUACUUUUCUGAUCGUGAGGUUUACGCUCUUCGGGCUCCUGGUUUCAAUGCUGGAGAGAAAAUGUUUGACUCCAUUGACGAAAUGACAAACGUAUACAUGAACGCAAUCCGCCAAAAUCAACCCAAAGGUCCAUACAUUCUGAUUGGCUACUCCUUUGGAUCCAUGAUCGCGUUUGAGACGACCAAGAAACUCGAGGCAGCUGGCCAUGAAGUCUACAUGGGAUCCCUCAAUGGACCGCCACAUAUCAAAUGGAGAAUGGUCCAGAUCGAUUGGUGUGAGCUUUUCCUCAACUUGUCAUACUUCCUUGGCUUCAUCACCGAGGAAGAGGCCGUCAAGAAGUCAGCCGAGUUUCACGAUGCUGGUUACACCAAAGAACAGGUCCUCAACAAGAUCCUUACCAUAGCGCCCGCAGAUAAACUCGCCGAGCUUGAUCUCAAUGCCACAAAGCUUGCCCAUUGGGCGGAUGUCUCGGCGAGCCUUCAAGGCCUGGCUCAUAACUACGAUCCGAUGGGCAAGGUCAAGCACAUUGAUGUAUUCUAUGCCCGACCUCUCUUGGCCGUGGGGAAGGAUAAACAGAUGUGGCUUCGAGACCAUUUGAUUCCCUGGAGUGAAUUUUGUGAAGAGCCGGUCAGAUUUCACAACAGUCCUGGCGCUCAUUACACCAUGUUGGACGCGGAUCAUAUGUCUGGGAUGCAAAAGAUCUUGAAAAAGGCACUGAAAGCUAGAAGUGUAUACUAG